CCCGGGUUACGCGCUUCCCCUUAAAAGCUGGGGCCAAGCAAAGGAACGACAGGCGUUGCAGCCAAUGGUGUCGCUCACGGUGAACCUGGUAGCCAAUCAAAAGGCGCAGCUGCGAAGGAACGGGUGGGAACCACGCCUGAUUCCAGGUGACUCCUAGCAGGGAGGGGAGAGUGUCUCCGUCAGCUGAUAGGGUCCUGUGCCUCGGGCGAGUUACCGGGGGACGAAGCUGCGGCAGCGCCCGGGCAGUGGCCAGCCGCGGAAUACUUGUGUGCUGCAGCCAAGAAGAAGGGUGAUGGAGGGGCGUCAAGAGGCUGGGAAGGAGAGCAAGCCCUCCUCCUUAUCGGUGGACCUGCAGGGAGACAGCUCCUUACAGGUGGAGAUCUCUGAUGCAGUGAGCGAGCGGGACAAGGUGAAAUUCACCGUUCAGACCAAGAGCUGCCUCCCUCACUUUGCCCAGACGGAGUUCUCAGUCGUGCGACAGCAUGAGGAGUUCAUCUGGCUACAUGACGCUUAUGUGGAAAAUGAGGAGUACGCCGGCCUCAUCAUCCCUCCAGCCCCCCCAAGGCCAGACUUUGAGGCUUCAAGGGAAAAGCUGCAGAAGUUGGGUGAGGGGGACAGCUCCAUCACGCGGGAAGAGUUUGCCAAAAUGAAGCAGGAGCUGGAAGCGGAGUACCUGGCUAUCUUUAAGAAGACAGUUGCAAUGCAUGAGGUCUUUCUGCAGCGCCUGGCAGCCCACCCUACCCUGCGUCGAGACCACAACUUCUUCGUCUUUUUGGAAUACGGCCAGGAUCUGAGUGUCCGAGGAAAGAACAGGAAGGAGCUUCUUGGGGGAUUUCUGAGGAAUAUUGUAAAGUCUGCUGAUGAAGCCCUCAUCACCAGCAUGUCAGGGCUCAAGGAGGUGGAUGACUUCUUUGAGCAUGAGAGGACCUUCCUACUGGAAUACCACAGCCGCAUCCGGGACGCCUGCCUGCGGGCAGACCGUGUCAUGCACUCCCACAAGUGCCUGGCAGACGAUUAUAUCCCUAUCUCUGCUGCACUGAAUAGUCUGGGAACACAGGAAGUCAACCAGCUAAAGACGAGUUUCCUCAAAUUGGCAGAGCUCUUUGAACGACUAAGGAAGCUGGAGGGCCGAGUGGCAUCUGAUGAGGACCUCAAGCUGUCAGACAUGCUGAGAUACUACAUGCGAGACUCACAGGCAGCUAAGGACCUGCUGUACCGGCGGCUUCGAGCACUGGCUGACUAUGAGAACGCCAACAAGGCCCUGGACAAGGCACGCACUAGGAACCGGGAGGUGCGGACUGCCGAGAGCCACCAGCAACUGUGCUGCCAACGCUUCGAACGCCUCUCCGACUCAGCCAAGCAGGAGCUCAUGGAUUUCAAGUCUCGCCGGGUCUCCUCCUUCCGCAAGAACCUCAUAGAGUUGGCAGAGCUGGAGCUUAAACACGCCAAGGCCAGCACCCUGCUUCUCCGGAACACCCUUGUCGCCCUCAAAGGGGAGCCUUAGAGCAGCCAGAGCCUACUUCAGAGCCCUUAGUAACAAAAGUCCCCCAGAUUUCCCACCCCAAGAUACCACCUCCCCCACGACAGCAGCCACCAGCCAUGCCCCAUGAUCUCGACCAGGGCAAGCCCAAGCCCCACUCCUACCCAAAAGUGCCAGGUCCUGCAAGAGGAAGCUAGGGCAUCAUGGGUGCCAUUCUUGGCCACAGGUAAGAACCCCAACCUAGGGGAGGCUAGGAGCCUGGACCUUCCUCCUCUCCUGGAGAUUGGGGAGCAGCCCCCACCCACCCUCUGU